UAUUUAUUAUUUAUUAAAAAGGAGAAAGAAAAUAAAAUAUAAAUAAAUUUCACAAUUCUCGCAUUUCUUAGAAAAAGCCCUCUGGAGUUCCUCUGCGUUUUCGUUCCAAAAACCCUAGAAUUCCUCCUCUUCUAAUUUUCAGCCUCCUCUGCUAUUUUUUUUCUGAAUUAUUGGGUUUGUGAUUUUAUGAGAAAUCAGUAAAAAAAAAAAAAAAAUGUCAGGAUCAGAGACAGGAGUGAUGACAAGUAGAGAGCCAUUUAACGUCGGUGCACUUCAACAACAUCAACAACAGCAACAGUCGUCGUCGUCGCCGCCGCCGGCACAGCCACUGGUUCAGAACAUGCGCUUGGGUUUUAGUUCCGACGGCAACGCCGUUUACAAGCCCAUCUCCGCCGCAACAAACGCCACAGCUGCUACGACGACAGCAACAGCAGCAGCAGCAACAUCACCGACUUACCAGCUUGAUGGUGGAAGUGGUGGUGGUGGGGCUGUGAAUGUGAAUGUGAAUAUGGGGAGUAUGAGUGGCGGCGAGCAAGCUAAGAGGAAAAGAGGGAGACCCAGAAAGUAUGGCCCAGAUGGCUCUAUGGCUUUGGGUCUCACUCCUACGGCUCAGCCCGUACCUGUAGCUCAGACUCAGUCAAGUGGUGGAGGUGGGUUUUCAUCUCCUCAUCCAGCUCCAACUCCUCCUCCUUCGGCUCCCACAUCGCUUCCUUCUGGAGGAUCAGCGCCACCCACUUCGUUCAAGAAAGCUAGGGGCAGACCGCCUGGUUCUAGUAGCAAGAAGCACCAAUUGGAAGCUUUGGGAUCAGCAGGUGUUGGGUUUACACCUCAUGUUAUCACCGUGAAGGCUGGAGAGGAUGUAUCCUCAAAAAUUAUGGCAUUUUCUCAGAAUGGUCCAAGGGCUGUCUGCAUUAUGUCAGCUAAUGGAGCCAUAUCUAAUGUGACUCUCCGCCAACCAGCCACAUCUGGUGGAACUGUAACUUAUGAGGGGCGAUUCGAAAUUCUGUCCCUUUCUGGUUCAUUCCUGCUAACUGAAAAUGGUGGUCAGCGGAGCAGAACUGGGGGUUUAAGUGUGUCUUUAUCUGGUCCAGAUGGACGUGUAUUAGGUGGUGGCGUGGCUGGCCUUCUUACAGCUGCAACCCCUAUUCAGGUGGUUGUGGGGAGUUUCAUCACAGAUGGUCGGAAGGAAUCAAAGUCAGCAAACCAUAUGGAGCCUUUGAAUGCCCCAUCAAAGCUUGGCCCUGGAGGUGGGCAUACAGGGGCCAGCAGCCCACCAUCACGUGGAACUCUUAGCGAAUCCUCGGGCGGACCUGGUAGCCCACUUAACCAUAGCACUGGAGCUUGCAAUAACAGUAACCCGCAGGGCAUGUCUAGCAUGGCAUGGAAGUAAAACCCCUUGUAACUUGGAGUCUUUUCACUGAUUUGUGUUGUAGGCAUGGGCUCUAAUGUUGUGUUUCUAUCUAUUUUUUAAGCCGUACUAGACCAUUUGUAACUCAGGCCUUUUGUGUAGGUGAGUAGAAUAAGGACUAUAGAAUGCUUUCUUUGUUUGACUUCAUUGGCCAUUGCCAGCUGAAAAGUACCAACCAGCUAGUGAGAGGUGCCCUAUGCACUUUGAGGUUGUAAGCUAGGAAUUAGAGAGGAGCUUGUGCGUUUAGGAAUUUCUAGAUUGAGAUGGUGUUUUAGCUUGUCAUGUGUUGGCUUACUGUAGUUUGUUGCUGUCGCCCAUCAAAUAUACCGGAGUUUCCCUUUGUUUUGCAAUUGAUCAUGGCUAAAUAUUGUAUCAAUUUUCUCUUU